GACCAAGUUGAAGAAAAUAUUGGUGCUCGUUCAUCGAGCGGAUCGCUAACUGAAAAACUCGUACGAUCGCCAUGGACGACGAUAAUGAUCAGGAUAACCCGAUUGAGGAUGACUACUACACGUUCUUGAAUGUAGAGAGAAACGCGACUCCAGAAGAAAUUCACAAUGCUUAUCGUAGACAAAGUAGGCUCUACCAUCCGGACAAGCACACGGAUCCUGCGCUCAAAAAGGAAGCGGAGAUUCUGUUCAAUCGUACAAAGAAAGCUUAUGAAGUCUUGAGUGAUGCACAUCAGAGGGCCAUCUACGAUUCCGUGGGAAUUCGUGGACUGGAAACAGAAGGAUGGGAAAUUGUACAGCGUACCAAGACACCUACAGAGAUCAGAGAAGAAUACGAGCGUUUGGCGAAAGAAAGGGAAGAGAGGAGGCUACAGCAGCACACGAAUCCUAAAGGCAGCAUAGUGGUGAAUGUCAAUGCCACGGAUCUUUUUAAUAAAUACGUUGGAGACUAUGAAGACAGCACGGAUAUAUUUUCGUGCCUGGAAGUCAGCGGAAUGUCGUUCACGCAGUCUAUCGAAGCACCUCUUACGUUAAGAGACACAGUAACCAUGUACGGCCAAUUGGGGACCGCAAAUGGAACGGGUUCUGGUUCCAUAAACGUUUCCGCGAGACGAUUAGUGUCGUCCAAAGGUUGGGUAGAAAUGGACGUCGGUGCUGGUACUGGACCCUCGAUGUCACUCAAAGGUUUCUACACGUUAACGAGGAGAUUAUUCUGCGACGGAGCAACGAUAUUACAAUUUACGUCGCGUGGUCCGAAGUUAGGCUUUGUAGGAACUCUAGCGAUGCAAUUAGACAAACACACCGUAGGAUAUCUAACGUACAGAGCUGGAAUACAAAGUGCUAUGAGCACAAUGAUCGUAAGGGACACAUUCAGAUCGUAUACAGCGUUCUCGAUAAACUUAGGUCUCCUGCAGUCUUUUCUCAGUCUGAAUUACACCUAUAAAAUGGAGGAAAAGCAACUGAAGCUACGUGGCAGCGUAAAGGUUGGUACUUUUGGAGUGUUCCUGGAAUACGGGGCGGAGAAAAAGGUGUCGCAGCAUAGUAGUCUCUCGGCGGCGGUGCGGGUCGGUGUGCCGACCGGUGUCACGUUAAAAAUGAAAUUAAGUCGUGCCUCGCAAUCGUACACGUUGUCCAUUCACUUGAGCGACGAGAUUCUGACGGCGCCUGUGUUCUACGCCACCGUGGUCCCCAUAGCGACCUGGACGGUGGUAAAAAAAAUGGUGAUCGAUCCGAUAGUGAAAGAGCGCGAAGAACGUCGCAAAGCGAAACAGAAGGAAAUGAACAAAUCACGGAUGAUGGAGAAACAGAAAGAGGCGAAGAUCGCGACGAAAUUAAUGAAGGCCACGGUUAGCAAGAUAAGAACGGAGGAGGAGUUGAAGAAGGGAUUAAUUAUCACAAAAGCUUUGUACGGACGAUUUAUGUAUCCUGAAGAAGAUAGAUCCACUACGCUGGAACUCAUUCACAGAGAUGAGGUGAUUGAUGUGACCAUUCCGUUGCAGUGUUUAGUGAAGGAUUCGAAAUUGGUCCUCCACAAUGCGUCCAAGAGUCAAUUGCCUGGGUUCUACGACCCAUGCGUUGGAGAGGAGAAACAUUUGUUUGUGCAAUAUCUGUUUCACACUCUGACACACGAAUGUAUUAUAAAGGACAAUGCACCAGUCAGAAUACCAAUAUCAUCACACAAAGUAAAUACGUGGUCUGUUCCAAAAAUGGCGAGACAUAAUUUAUAAAAGCUUUUUUUACGCGAUAUAUUGUUCAGCAAUCGGUGUAAUCUUCAAGAAUAUUCGGUGUGUCGCCACCCAAUGGGACUAUUUUGAAGGACAUUACCUUGAUCGUUGAAAAUAUAACGUAGAAAAGUAAUUUUAUAAACAACAGUCUCAUUACGUUUAAGAACAAUUCACAGGCGCCACAUGACGUGUGCGACGACGUCAUAAUAAAGUGAAGUGAUAUCAUCGCGAUACCCGGUGAUUAGUUUGUACCGCUUCAUCGAGGAUUUUUUUUUUUUAAACCAUACUUAGAUUAAACCAAUACAAAUCACGUAUUGAAGAAAUUGAGUGUUCGUCGAUCAUUUGUACUUUGUACGAUAAGUUCAUUUUCCCAGAAUAAUCAUUCGGCAUAAUUGUUGUUUCACCCUUAGAUAACGAAGA